AUGAAAACGAGCCAGAAGGUGUACACUUGCUCCAGUUGUAAAUACCAGAGUACUCGACUGUUCAAUGUGGAACGUCAUAUGUGGAGGAUUCAUACGAAUGAAAAACGACACACUUGUUGCGGAAAGAAAUUCGUGACAAAAGGAGACUACUACGUCCACUGCGAGCAAAAACACCCGAAGAGAAGAGUAAACGCGAUCAUGUCGCGUACCAAAUACAAAAUCACCCGUGACACAACCAUCAUUCAUCAAUCGAAACACAAAUCCAAACUCAGGAAAUUCACCAGCGAGACGAAGAAAUCGUACCGUAUGAAAUUACGAUCGAAAUUCCUCCACAAGAGUGUCCGCAUGAGGAAUUACCAGGAACAGUCGGAAUCAAACACGAGCAUGGAGUGUUCGGUGACGUACAGCGAGAUCGACGUAGAGGACAUACCUCUGAUAAGAUUCCUCACGGAUCGUCGAUUGAAGUCCUACUGGAGUCGAUUGUUUUCCUCCAAGUUGGUAAACAAAACGAACGACAAGUCGAUGUUGGAAGAGGAGUCGAAUCCAAGUGUAAAGAUUGCCAUCUCGUCGGAGAGGAGGAACAUCGAUGAGGCGGCGUCUGAGGGCGGCUUGGAGAACGAUCUGAAGAAAGUUUCCACCUCGUUGACGUCCUCUGUCUCCUCCUCGUUCUCCGUCGAAUUGCCAGCGAAAAAACUUAUUUUGCGCCGGUUCAGGACAAGCGUGACACACGAAUACACGCAACAAUGUAACAACAAUAGUAAUCAAGGGAACUUGGAGCAGAAGCAGCUCGAAGAAAUCGUGUCGGAGACAGUUCAAAGCAGGACGACGAAAAACUACAAACGAGCCGCUUGCAAAGCGGAGAAGGAGAAUAUGUCGACGUACGCGUUCAGCUUGGAGCAACAGCUAAACAUAAAAUUGGACAGAGGGAUCGCGACACCUUUGGUGACUCAGAUGCAGCGAGAUUUUUUGGCUUCCAUCGAUUUCGAGAAUUACAAGAUAUUUUAA